CUUCCGGUCUGAGCAGGUUAACGUUAUCUCAUGGGGGACGAUGGGAGUACUGGACGCUCUUAAAAUAAAUACAGUAACCGUUCAGCCGUUACUCCUUUUGCUGCAAAACAUGAAUGCCAGUCUAAAUCCAUUAAGCAGUAGGUAUCAAUACACCUGUGACAAAUCCACCAAAACGCGGUGUGCUCACUGACGCUUGGACGUCCUGUUCCUGCAAACCGAGCUCAGUAAUCUUAAUAAAGAUGAAUUGCGGGCCGUUUCGCUCCACACUGUCGCCGGCAAAACAGAUACGCCUGCAGAAAGGAUCCUUGUCUCCAGCCGGAUUUCACUGACGAGCGGCGUUGGCGAGCUGUGGCCGAAAUUUAAAAGAGCUGUUGCUGAGAUGGAGCUGGACAACAAGAAGAUGCGAUUUCCCAAAAAGCAUGCGCUUCACUUAAAAGCGUGCUCGAAAUCUGAGCCAGCGUCACCAAAAACCGAUGCGCACGUGCAGAACGACCACGAGUUGCCUCUGCGUCCGUUACCUUCCAUUUAUAACGCAGAUUCGAUCCGAAUUAAAGAGGAGCCGCAUGAUGUUGAAGUUCAGGCGGUUCAGGUUAAAGAAGAGUUUGCGGAAUCCGAAUCGGUUCAUUGUGGUUCGGCAUCUAAAGGAAAUCAGAAGAACAGACGUGCGGAGAUACCGGACACUGAGCCUGCUCUCGGUAAGUCAGAACAAGAUUCCCUUUGCCCAGAACAAGAAACCGUUGUGCUUAAAACAGAACCAGCGCUGGACACUGAAUGCCAGCAGGAAGAAAUCAAAGAGGAACCUUGUGCUUUUUGGUCUAAAGAGGAGCAUCAUGGAGAAGGAUCAGCACAUCUCAAAGAGGAGCCAUCCCUGGAUGACGCAGAUUUCGCCGCAGAGGACCACCACACUGACAAUGUCCCCUGUCCUCAGUUCUUCCCCUGUCCCCACUGCGCAGUCUCUUUCACUGGUUCCUCUUACCUGGAGAAGCACAUCAAAUGGACUCAUCAGUUGCAGUACCAGGCCUUGCUGAGAAGCCGUGCCUCCAAGAACAAAAGCAGCACCGAGGACAUGGAGAGGCACAACUGCCCCAAGUGCAGUCUCACUUUUUCCUCGCGGCGUCAGCUUACUCUCCACCUGCACCGGCAGCACCCGACCCCUCCGCUCAAAAAGCGAUACCCCUGCCCCCAGUGUGCGCGCAGCUUCCACUACCUCGCCAGCCUGCAGAAGCACUGCAAACAGUGGCACAAACUGGCCACCGUCUGCACAGAUGGCCACCUGAGCUGUGCCGACUGCGGGAAGAGCUUUGGUGGCUUAGGGGGCCUCGGACCACACGUGUGCAACGACUCUGGGGAGAAACUUGACAUGGGGCCCAUCUGCACUGACACUGGCUACCUGUGCUCCAUCUGCAGCAAGAGCUGCACCACCACACAGAAUCUCCGCAUACACAUGCGCACGCACACUGGCGAGAGACCGUAUGCGUGCACGGACUGCGGGAAGCGAUUUGCCGAGAGCGGCACUCUGCGCAAGCACAUCCGGAUACACACAGGCCUCAAACCCUUUAAGUGCCAGGACUGCGGAAAGCAAUUUGGAAGGAUGAACCACUUGACCUCUCACAUGCUCACUCACUCGGGGGAGAAGCCGUACCCUUGUCCUGACUGCGGUAGAAGGUUCGGCCACAAAGGGGAUUUAAAGACCCACCAGCGCACUCACUCCGGAGAAAAACCGUUCCGCUGUCCUGACUGCGGGAAGGACUUCGCCAUCAUGGGCAACCUUAGGGCUCACCAGAGGGUGCACAGUAAGGAAAAGAGCCACCAGUGUGGGGAGUGCGGGCGGAAAUUUGGUGAGUCGGGCGUCCUCAAGAAGCACCUGCGCACUCACACGGGGGAAAGACCCUACCACUGCACCGUGUGCAGCAAGCAGUUCAACCGCGUUCAGCACCUCAAGAACCACCAGCGGACACACACGGGCGAGAAGCCGUACAGCUGCGCAGAGUGCGGCAAGAGCUUCAGUCAGUCGGGAGAUCUGACCAAGCACAAGCGCACCCACACGGGGGAGAAGCCUUACGCCUGCCCUGACUGCGAGCGCACGUACAGCAAUUCAGGGGACCUUCGCAAGCACAGCCGCAGCCACACGGGCCAGCGGCCCUACACCUGCGAGGAAUGCGGCAAGAGUUUCAGGAUGAUCCACCAUCUGAAGGUACACAUCAGGACGCACACCGGGGAAAGGCCCUACCAGUGUCCGCACUGCCCUCUGACCUUCGCCAGGCCCCACCACCUGUCGUCACACCUCAAAGUGCACUGAUUUACUGUACAGCGGCCGGCGGGGACGCACGCGUGCGGCGCAGCGGCAGGUAAAGGACGAUGACUGCGGAAGGGUGAAAAAUUCGGCAGGGUGCACUUGCACCUCCGCAUUCUGAAGCGGACACAAAGGUAUGAAUGUAUCAAUGGCGAAGAUAGUGUGUAACUUCAUCCAACAUCUAUAACUUUGACUAAGAUAGAAUAAAACCAAAGUAAAUUACCCAAUAUCAUCUUCAGUCUGUCCAAAUUACACAAUGACUGUGUAACUAGGCCUGUAGUCCAGUUAUGAGUAAAUGUUAGAUUUACCGGCAAUUUUUACUGUACUGCUGUGAAAAUACGUAGAUUGCCAAACAUUAGCCGAACCAUGUCAGUAUUUUUUAUUAGUCUGAGGUCAAGAUAGCCUAUAAUUACUCGCUGUACCAGAAAUGCACUAACAAAGAACUUUGUUUCUCGUGAAGAGUGAAUUUAAUCUUUCAGUG